GUUGUGGGUUUGAUUCCCACGGGGGGCCAGUAUAAAAAAAAAUGUAAAUGUAAAUGUUGGUCUUUAUCUGCAGGUUCACUCUCACCCCUCAGUGGCACCCUGACUGGAUGCUCAUGUUGGUCUUCGCUCACACACACCUCACCGUGACUGUGACUUUGGGGCUGCUGCUUGUACCAAAGUGUCUGUCCACAGGGAUCCAGGCGAGUGAUGACAUUGCCACUGAAGCCUAUGAAGAGGAGCUGGACAUGGGCCGCUCCGGGUCCUACCUCAACAGCAGCAUCACCUCAGCCUGGAGCGAACACAGCCUGGACCCCGAGGACAUACGGGACGAGCUCAAGAAGCUUUACGCCCAACUGGAGGUCUACAAGCGCAAGAAGAUGCUGGCCAACAACCCACACCUGCAGAAGAAGCGCAGCUCCAAGAAAGGCCUGGGCCGCUCUCUCAUGAGGCGCAUCACUGAGAUCCCAGAGACCUUGCACCGGCAUGGCAGCUAUGGCAGCCGCGAGGAACGUGUCGGUAGCGAGCACGGGAGCAACCGCAGCACCCUUCGACGGAACCCCUUCGACUCGUCCCACUCAGGUCACAAGUCCAGGGAAGACUCUCUGAAGAACAAAGUUCUGGGCCUGAAGAAGUCACACAGCUACGACCACGUUUGUGACCAAGCUGAGGAAACUGCCGGCGGAGUGGGCUCUGGUGGGGACAAAAUGGCCACCGGCGAGGGUUCCUUGCUGGGAUCUCUCAUUAGGAGGCAGGUUAAGAAGUCACCAGAGCCUGCCCCAAAGGUGGAACUGGCCGAGUCAGUACCCUUGGUCUGCAAGUCGGCCAGCGCGCACAACUUCACAGUGGACAAAAAGCCCAUUCAGCUGAGGACGUCCAUCAUGCAGAAGUCGCUGAGUGUCAUCACCAGUGCCAAAGAGAAGAUGCCUGGGCUCACCAACAAGACCAAUAGUGUGGAGGAUGCCAGCAAGAAGGGACUCAAGGGGCGCGAUGGGAGGAUGCUGUCUGAGGUGGACGAGAUGGAGUGUUAUCCUAAGAUGAUCAUCAGCCAGUCGGUAGAGUACUCCAGGACGCCCAUGGCCAAGAUGGGCAUCAUGAAGCAGCAGGUGAGUGGCAGCCAGCCGUCCAUCAAUACAGAGCCGGGGAGAAACCUGUAUGACCUCUCUGAGGUGUGCUCUUGGGAUGUGGAGGACCCCCCAACCCCCUCAGAAGGAAGGUCCCAGAAGCAUGUGUCCAUUGCUCCAGGAGAGACCACCACGGUCCACAGGGUUGAUGGUGGUGGUGGUGGUGGUGGCACGGUUAGCACCAAGGGCAGUCGCUCCCAACAGAAGCAGCAGAGGGCCGCGGGGCAAUCGCCUGCAGGCCGACAGCGCUCCAAAGACAAGGGGGGUGAACGAGAUGAGGCCAGAGAAACAAGGAAGCCCAGGUCUCCCAGAUCUCCGCUCCCACUCAAACCGGAGGUGUGCCCCUGGGCCUUUGAGGAGCAGCCAGUGUUGGGAGGCGAUUCAGAUUCCAUCUCCCCAGAGAGGAUCAGACAUAAGAAGAGCGUCACACCCACUGAUGGGAAGCCCAAGAUCCUCCACUCAGACUACUCCAAAUCCACGGGGAGUCUGCUACAGCCGCCCACCCUGAUGGUGGACAUCUGUCCCUGGGACUACAAUGAAGCCCCAGCCCCGCCCUCCCCCAGCCAGGAGAAGACCUGCUCCAGCCCCACCCCUCACUCCAAGCGGAAACGAAAAGGCUCGUGCUCCUCCAAAGAAAGGGGAGAGAGGGGUGAGAGAGAGAAAGGAGGAAGGGACAGGGAGGAAGAGAAGCAGCACAGGUCAAAGAGCAAGGAGAGCUCCUCCAGCAGGCCCUCGGAAAGACGACGUGUCAGCCAGUCAUCAGAGGGUGGUCGGUCACCGUGCCAACAUCCGGGAGACGGAGGAGCUCGAUGA